AUGGGCUCCAUCGCUGUUGAAUUCAAGAACCCGGCCACGACCUCUCUUCUCGAGUUGGUUAAGAGUCGCCGAACUUACUACGGUCUCAAGGCCGAGAGCCCCAUCUCUGAUGAUGCCAUUGAGCGCAUUGUUCAGGACUCGGUUCUUCAUGUUCCCAGCUCAUUUAACACACAGACCUCCCGUGUCGUUCUCCUUUUGAAAGAGGAGCACAAGAAGGUGUGGGACAUUACUAUUAGUGCCAUGGAGGGCCUCGUUGCCACCGGUGCCCUUCCUCAGGAGGCCUAUGAGUCUUCUACUAAGCCUAAGCUUAAUGCCUUCCGUGCUGCCUACGGAACUGUUCUCUUUUUCGUCGAUUAUGAGUCUCUUGCCCCCAUUAAGGAGAAAUUUGCCAUUUACGCCGACAAAUUCGACCCCUUCGCCCAAGAGUCCAACGCCAUGUCUCAGUACCUCGUUUGGCUUGCUCUUGAGUCUGAAGGCUUCGGCGCCAAUCUCCAGCAUUACAGCCCUCUGAUUGAUGCCGAGAUUGCCAAGACUUGGGACCUGCCUGCCUCUUGGAAGCUGGAUGCUCAGCUCGUUUUCGGCACUCCCACUUCUGAGGCCGGCGAGAAGACCUUCCAGCCUCUUGAGUCCCGUUUCAAGGUCUUCGGCAAAUGA